GUUACGUCGGCGUUUUCGAGCCAGUUGUACUAUCAUCAGGGCGACCAGCCGCCAGACGAUAUGCCGCCGGGCAGUUGCCUCACGACUGCGGGCGAGCAGUUGGCGCAGUACGAACAACAGGCCUCGGCGCACGAACAGCAUAUGGAGGAAGUGCAAGGUGAGCUGCAGGGACUGCGAGCUAUCGUGGAGAAGCAGUUGCUCGAGAUACGGCGGCUCGAAACUGCGCAACAGCAAGAGCGCGAAGAGUACGAAGCACAGCUCGCACAACAGAAUGCCGCAGCAGAGGCACAAUUGCAAAAAGCUUUGCUUGCAAAAAAUCCACAUGCAGUUCGCGGGAUUAGCGGCUCCUCGUCCUCCUCCUCGUCGUCCGCGUCUUCCGCAUCUGAAAAUACCAAUAAGCAAAGGGGCGACGUGCUUUUUGUCGGUGGCCGCUUGGUAGCGAGUCCAUCUGAGGCGGAGGUCAGUGGCACGCCGCUGGAACCCCCUGACGCCGGCUCAAUCUCGGAACGCGGCGAGGACCACAGCAAAGACGCUGCUCGAAGUCGAAGAGAGGAACAGGAAGACAAGUCAAAAUCAGACGCAGAAAAGUGGGAGGACGAGGCAUGGCACUGGAAGCGGAAGUGCCAGGACUUGCGUGAGAAGUGGAAUUAGGGCUCCUCUCGUCAAUAAUUCAUCUUCACUACAGAUCACAUUGUUCUUGUUGCUGUCGUCGUCGCUCUUUUUUCAUCUGAGAUACUGAGACAGCGAGUAAAAAUGCUCUCUGUAAUGAAUUAGAAUUACUAAAUCGGAAAGCGCAGCCUCUAACGAAGCAAGGAAUUGCAGCAGAUGCGAGAGCAGGAUCAUGCGGCUUUGACACAAGCAGUACAGGAGAAAUGUGCGGAAUUUCACUCAGCGCUGGAGCAGGAGAGAGCGGGACUUCAGGUACAGCUGGAGCAGACGGAGCUUAUGCUGCGCCAGGACGCGGAUCACCGGGAGCGGGCGCUACGGAGAGACUCGGAUCACCGCUUACGAGACCGAGAAAAUGCUUUGCGCGAUGAAUUCGCGCAGAAGAGUGCGGCUUUGCAGGCAGAGUUGGAGAGGGAACUCACCAAAAUGCAAGCGGACUGCGAUGCGAGAAUAGGUUCGUCUAAUGCAGCAGUGGGAUUCGAGGCGCAGCUACAACAGCGAGUGGCGGAGUUGCAGCAAAGAGAAGGUGAAGUAGGGCAGAGAGAAGCCGAGUUGCAGCAACGAGAGGUCAACGUUGCCCAGGGCGAGCAGGGCAUUCAGGACUGCCAGAGUGCAGUGCUAGAACGCGAAGAGGAGAUGAAACAGUGUGGAUCCGCACUCGAGGAACAGGCGAACCAUCUCGCAAGCCGCGAACAAGAUAUCGCCGAACGUGAUGCCGCCCUCGCAGAGCGUGCGGCGGAGGUCGAUCGCAGCUUGGCGGAGCGCAGUACCGCACUACAGGCUCAGUUUGAGCAAUUGAAGGAACAAGCAGAGCAAGUAAACGAGCAGGCGGAAGAAGUGCAGCGCUGGCGGGAGGAGCUUGAGCAGGCAAGAGAAAAAGAUCAGCAGUGGCAGGUGGAAUACGAAAGCGAAUACCUUGCGCGCCAAAAACUUCAGGAGCGAUGCGACGAGCUGGUAUCAAGCUGUGACUAUUUUCCGCUUCUUCCGUUUUAUUCGGCAUGGGCUCCUCACCCAGACCCAUGGCCAUGUCUCCAACAAAGAUAUGUACGAGUUCGUACCGUUUCAUAUGAUAUUCAUUUGGGCCAUUCUUGGUUGCCUACCUACCCAGCGCGCAAAAAUACAGGAGUCUGAAUGUGUUCGAAAAGAAGACAUUUUGAGGAGUCAUGUCGAGAAAGCAACAGCUGCCGAGGAGAUUGUACGCGAAAAAGAACGGGAGUUAUUGGACGCGGCAUCACAACUUCGAGUUGCGCAAGCAGAAUCGGAGGCACAAAAAUCCAGAAUCAGCAGUUUGGAGAGCCGUGUCCUCUCCCUCAGCGAAAGACACGAUGCUGAAUAUGCGGUACCACCUAAAACAAAUUUUAUCAUUCGUCUGCGCAGUCAUUUCUUUGGAGUUUGACGAUUACAAUGACGAGCUUUCGAUGCAAAGGUAUCUGAGUUGUCCGGGGAAAGAUAUAUGUUCCAGGGUUCAGGGUAGCGCCCCCCUCCCCCCGCGCGGGGGGGGGCCGUGGAUCCCCGGACCCCUUUUGGAGGCGUCUGCCGCGGGUGGAAGGCUUCCAAAGGGGUCCAAGGAGCCUCCUCCGCUCCCGCUCCCUUCCAGCAGCCUGCGUGCACCCUACAGACUUCCUACUUGGUGGCCCCUCGCCGCAGCAGCAGCGUGGCGGGUGUGGGAGGCCUCCGAAGGCGGCAAAAGGCGCCAGGCUGGCCCCCCUGAGCCGUGUGGCCUGUACCCUCCGGGCCCUUGGUCAUUGGCCUGCCGGCUUUUGCUGCGCAUUUGAUGAGGGCAACCCAGCAAAAGGGGCCAGGCCUCGAGACCGUGGCCGCCUUCGGCGGGCUUCUGCCCCGGAGACCUCCAACCUGCGAGGGUCGGCAGGGGCCGGGGCGUCUGUCGGCGACCGGCAGAGCGGCGCAAGGGGCCGCCCGCUCCUAGUUUUGGCGCCUUCCGCCCCGAGAAUCAGCGAAAAGCAGCGCGGAAAAGAGCGCGCAAGCGCCACCACAGGGCCAUUCACAGGGGGGGGGCGUGCGUCCUUGUGUCAUAUAUAGGACCAAUUAGCCUAGUAGAUGGUGUUGUAAAUUUUGCUUUUCGUUUGAUUUUGACGACAUUGCAGGACCACACAUCGCGCGCAGAACGGCUGCAAGUAGCACUACUGGAAACUCAGGCGCGUGCUGACGCGGCUGCUGCUGAGGCUGAGGGCAGUAAUCGUCUGGUGGACCAGUUGCGAACAGAAGAGGAAAACUAUUACCGGCGACUGCAGGCGGCCGACUCGAGAAUCGCUGAACUUGAGGAGGCUUUGCAGGCACAGCAACCGGGAGGAUCGGCAGUCUCUGCAGGACAAAGGCCAGCUUCGAUAUCAAGUAAAGACACGACGUCGACUCGUGAACAGAAGCUCGGGGCGGAAACGCAGGAGGCCAAUGUGGGAAAUCUUGACUCAAGGGUCUCGAUUGCGAGAAAGCUGUCGCGACAUCUUGUCGGAGAAGGAACACCGCCAGAACCUAGCUGCCACUUUGUAAGAGCAUUAUCAGUUGAAGAACUUUACCCGGCCGCGCGAAGCCCAAAUGACCCACCCGGAGGUCCGCUCGACUACAGUCGUGGCGUUUCCCCAGCGGACGCGCCACCUGGAGUAUCGCAGGUCUUGCUGUGUCGAACAGAAAUAGCCGAAGCAGCGAAGCGGAGUCAGAGCAAUCCAAGGAAAGGUACUUAUGUCGUACGCCGCUCGAUUUGUCUUGAAAGAGCAAUCCAAGGAAAGGCACUUAUGUCGUACGCCGCUCGACAUUUUGUCUUGAAAGAGCAAUCCAAGGAAAGGUACUUGUGUCGUACGCCGCUCGAUUUUUUGUCUUGAAAGAUUGUCGAUUCGCGGCGCGUAAAUCAAUCAGGUAAUAUCAUGACGAUAUUAUUGAUCGUUUUGACCUUGUCCUUGUAGAACAAGCUCUAAUCCGUUUUUCAUGGAGAGACAGAAACUUUUCCUCAAUUUUCUCAGCUUCUCCAGUGGAGUCGUGUCCGCCGGACCGCAUGGGAGGCAUUAGCUCAUCAAAGCGAAGCUCCCCACCACCAGUCGGGAGCGUUGGGUCUCGAAGACAGGUGUUAUUGUCGUACAUUUGGAGUUUGGAGUUGGACCUAAAAAAAUGUAACUCUUCCAUCCAUUGUUGCAAGAAAUAGUAGGGCAGCAGAGACUCUAAUUCUUUUGGGUAUGAUGAUGUAUGUAUUAUGUAUGUAUGUAUUUGUAUGAUUUUUUGUAUGAUUUUUUUUUGUGUUGAAAAAAUACAGCAGUCGCCAUUGUCGAGCAGCAAGGCGGAAAAAAGUGCGGCGCGUGUGCGCUCAUCGUCACAACAAACAAACUAUCGCAUAG